CUUUUUGGGUGUUUCACAGGAGAAAGUGAUGCCAUGUCUUUGCAGCUGAAAGAAGAAAACAUGGUUUUCCUUGUAUCUGAAAAACAUCAGAUUACUCAUGCAGUUGUCAAGAGACAAGAUGUGAUUAAGGGUCUAGUGAAGGUGCCCCAUCUGGAUUUCAUAGUAACAUCUUCUCAAAAAGGACUGCUAACUAUUUUUAACAAACAGAUGAGGGUUCUGGCAACCACCAAUGUUGAAGAUACUGCUUGGAUCAGUGGAUGUGAUUUCCUGCCUCACCUGAAAUGUGUCGUGGCUGUAACUGAGAGGACAGUCAUCGUCUGGGACUAUAAAUCAAAAAGGAGUCAGAAUAAUUGCUUUGUCAUCAAGCCAGUGGAAAAUAGUCUGCUCUGUGUUUGCACAAUGACUGUGUCAGAUCACUUGGCUAAGGAUGAUGUCCUAAUAGGAGAUGAUAAGGGUUAUGUUCGACUGCUUACUCUGACCAGUGAUCGCUUUGGAUUGAAACAAUGUAAAGGCAAAAAAGAAUCCAAACCUCAGGUCUUGGACUCCAAAACGUUUCAUAUUGUUAAACGCAAGCUACAUGAUGACUGGGUUGUGAAGGUUAAAUAUAUUUCUGACCUAAAUUGUUUUGGAUCCUGCUCCUCGGACAGUAUUCACUCAUUUGUUUUGGAUAACAUAAAGAGACUAGAGGACAACCUACCUGUAAAGGAAUUUUCUGUGCCUAGAGGAGUCAAUGCCUUCACAUACUGUGCGAAAGCAAAAGUCAUUGUCACUGGAGGUCGGGACAAACUCCUUCGUUUGUGGCAUCCUGCUAUUAAUAGUAGGCCCACAGGGAAGCUAUCAGGACACCAAUGCACUGUUGUGGAAAUUGUGACAAACGAAGCAGAUCAACACAUAAUCAGCCUUUCCUCUGCAAAGAUUUAUAGAGUGUGGGAUAUACAGACACUUUCACUGCUGCAAGUCUUUCAUGACAGUCAAGGGAGACCUGGAGAGAUGGGAACCUUCUCCAUGGUAUUUGACAACGACUGUGGUGUGCUUAUUACUGGUUCAACUGUCAUUGAUAUUUAUCCCCUAGCUUAUAUGGUACAAGACGCGAGACAGGUGCCACAGACACAUGAGAAAAGCAUCAAUGUUCUGGUUUACAACAGGGCUUUUCACCAGAUUCUCACUAUCUGCUCUGAGUCAAUACUGAAGGUCUGGGACCUAGAAACAGGGUAUCAAAUAUAUCAGAUUGAAGAUGCACAUGGCCUGAAUACUGAAGUGAUCUGUGCAGCCAUUGAAAUAAAUGGUGUUUAUCUUGCUACUGGGGCACGUGAUGGAACAGUGAAAAUCUGGGAGUUUGAAAGUGGGCAGGAAGUUAAAGCCUUGCCUUUGGCCCAGUGCAGCAAACAUGAGUGUUGUUUGCUGAAGGUAGUUUAUCUGAAGGCUACUGAGAGUCAACAUGUACUUCUUGUUUUGGAGCAGAGUGGGAAGAUGAAAAUCAUUCAGGGUAACUCAGUUGAAACAUAUCUAUAUGUCACGUGGGUGCUUCCUGAGGCCGUGUCAUUUCCACAAAGGAAUGCAGUUGUCUCUCUGUCACUGAAGCCUGACACCUUACAAACACAGGAUUUUUUCCCAGAUAUUCAGCUGCCAUCUGACACCAGUUCUCUGGGGAAUGAUACAAAGAAUUUUAUACCUUCUGUGGAAAUUAAGUGUUUUGAUGUUUUCAAAGACGAAGGAUACAGUUUGAUAGCUACAGGGAGUGCAAAUGGUACAAUAACUUUGUGGGAUUUUGAAUCUGCCUCUGUGAGAUGCCUGUGUAAAAUUGAUAAAGCCAGUCAGGCUUCAGCCCUUCAAGCAUCUGGAGUCAGCUCUGUGUUGUUCCUUGUACAUAAUGCUUUCUCUUCCAGUUCCCUGCCCUCUACUAAUGCUGCUGUGAGAAGUGAAAUUGGUGCCAUCCCAGAGCACAAGAGCAGUUCUUUGAACCCAUGUAAGUGUUAUGUAAUUUCUGUGCAUUCAAAAGCAGUACUAAAAACUAUUAAGAAAGUGUAUUAUCAUUUAUGUUCCAAAGCAGAAGACACAACUGUGUCUAAGAGUGUCCGAUACGUGAAGAUGAAUGUACAGUUACCUAAAGCUGUAGCAGGACACCCACCAAUACUGGCUUCUGCUCAUGAAAAUGGCUGUAUCUGCCUAUGGAGUAUUCAGGGAAACUUAGUGCAAGAAAUUUUCCCGUUUUCAAAAUAUCCUACAGUUCCUCUGACAGCACUAUGUACAGACAUCUCCACUAAAAUGCUUUUGGCAGGCAGUAGGGAGGGACAUAUUAUGUGCUGGAGCAUUGCCUCAUUCUUAGAAGAUCCACAGAAGAGUAAAAAUCAGAUAAAGGAGGAGCUCUGCUGGAGGGCACACUCCACUGAAGUGGUUGACUUAUUUCAUGAAGAGGAGAAGAAUGUGGUGGUGACAGCAUCUAUUGAUGGUUCAGUUAGGCUCUGGCAUGCCACAAAUGGAUACUAUCUUGGGUACUUCGGACAACCCAGGAAGCUGGAAUUAUCAGAUGUCACUCGGUUGGUUUUGCCUUGUGAUGUUAGUAGCUUUCCUACUAUAAUUAAAGAGGAAAGCAAGCAUAUGGAAAAGAAGUCAUCUGAAUAUCCUCUCGUGUUGGACAGGGACAAGUGGAAGUCACUAACCAGAUCACCUCCAGUUUUAAAAAAGCCUGAACAUGUGGACAUAAUUCAGGACUUCAAGUUUUUCAAAGCUCUGGCUUCUCCAAAGAUCUAUAGACAACCAGUGGAAAGCUUUGCGUCUGGAAACAGAGAGCCUGGUGCAGUAUUUGGGUAUCUUCCUAUAUAUGAGGUAAGCACAAGUGUUUUCUGCCUUUUGCAGUGGCAUGCAUACAGCAGAAGCCAUUAG